GUUGAGCUGGUCUUGGGAGGACAGACAGGAUUUCAGUGCCAACAGCAAGACCGAUGCAGACUCUGUGUGAAAGAAGAGCUCUCUCUAUGAAAAAACCUUAACGAAAAUAAAGUCCACAGCCCUGGAGCCUUAUUGAAAAGCUGGUCAGUGCCAGUUGUGGAUGAGGAUGGGGAGGACCCCCUCAGGCCUGCCCCACUCUGGGGAAGAUCAUAGGAAUCUCUGAGGCUGUUUCUGGCUCCUUCGAACACUAGAAGCUUUUGGAUUAAGGGAUGUGCAGGAUUUGCAGCUUGUUUCUGUACUGUCUUAAAAACGAGGCUGACCGUCUCUUUCUGUCCUUCCAUCCAUUGAUCCAUCUUAAUUUCCUAUUGUUGCUGUACAAAUUACCACAAACUUAGUGGUUUAAAACAGUGCAAAUUUAUUCUCUCACAGUUCUGGAGGUCAGACGUCUGAGAUCAGCCUCAGUGGGCUAAAGUCAAGGUGUCAGCAAGCCUGUGUCACUCCUGGAGGCUCCGGGGAGAAUAUCUUUCCUGCCUUUGCCAGAUGCUAGAGGUGCCUGCAUUCUAGAGGGUAACCCCUCUCCCCAUCCUCAAAUCCCAUGGCCUCCCGUCUUUUAAUCCUGCCCGCUGCCUCCUUGACCUCCACUCCUUGAUCACAUCUCCUCCGACUCUGACCUGCCUCCCUCCUCCAAGGACACGUGUGAUCACAGGGGCCCACCCGGAUCAUCCAGGAUCAUCUCCUGGUUUCAAGGUCCUUAGCUUAAUCACAUAUGCAAAGUCCUCUUUGCCACGUAAGGUGGGGCAUUCAUGAGGUGGACAUGUGAGGAUCAGGACGGGGCCAUCUCCCAGGGCCAUUGUUCAGCCCACCAGGCUUGCUGCCUUUGUUUGGUGGUGCUUUAACUGUCUUCCCAUCAUGCUUGCUUCGUUUUCCUUGAAAACGUUGUGGCCAGUCUGUCUGAUGUCCUUUUACCCUCAGGCCUCAUGCGUUUAGAUAACUUGGUGAUGUCAGUGUUUGAGCCAAGACUUCUCCCCCAGAACUCUUGAUUCAUGAAGGUUUUGCAUGAGGUUUGCCUGCCCUCAUCCCUGCUAGGUUGAGCCCGCUAAACUCUGGGUCAGGAGAACGUUACGGGUCACAGCGGUGCUUUGUUCUAUUUAUUUUAUUAUCUCUACACCCAACGUGGGGCUCGAACUCAUGACGCACGACGCCGAGAUCAAGAGUCGCACAUCCUACAGACUGAGCCAGGAGGGCACCCCCAUAGCCGUGCUUUGAAGAGGUUGGCCUUAAGACAGCAGCAUUUUCCUGAAGACCCAGAACCGGCUGAGAGAAGGCUGCCAUGGCUGCCGUUGACAGCUUCUACCUCUUGUAUAGGGAGAUCGCCAGGUCAUGCAAUUGCUACAUGGAAGCUCUGGCCUUGGUCGGAGCCUGGUACACAGCCAGGAAGAGCAUCACUGUCAUCUGUGACUUCUACAGCCUGGUCAGACUGCAUUUCAUCCCACGCCUGGUGAGCAGAGCAGAUCUGAUCAAGCAGUAUGGAAGAUGGGCAGUCGUGAGUGGUGCGACCGAUGGGAUCGGCAGAGCAUACGCGGAAGAGCUAGCAAGCCGUGGUCUCAGUAUCAUCCUGAUUAGCCGCAAUCAAGACAAGCUGCAGAUGGUCGCUAAAGACAUAGCUAACACCUACAAAGUGGAAACCGAAGUUAUAGUUGCGGACUUCAGCCACGGCCGCGAGAUCUACGACCCUAUUCGAGAAGCCUUGAAGGACAAAGACAUUGGCAUCUUGGUGAAUCACGUAGGCGUGUUUUAUCCCUACCCCCAGUAUUUUACUCAGGUCUCCGAGGACAAACUCUGGGACAUCAUAAACGUAAACAUUGCUGCGGCUAGUUUGAUGGUCCAUAUAGUGUUACCAGGGAUGCUGGAGAGAAAGAAGGGUGCCAUUGUAACCAUCUCAUCCGGCUCCUGCUGCAAACCCACUCCCCAGCUGGCUGCGUAUUCUGCUUCUAAGGCUUAUUUAGACCACUUCAGCAGAGCACUGCAGUAUGAAUAUGCUUCUAAAGGAAUCUUUGUACAGAGUCUCAUCCCAUUCUACGUGGCCACCAACGUGACCACACCUGGCAGCUUUCUGCACAAGUGUCCGUGGUUGGUGCCUUCACCGAAAGUGUAUGCACAUCAUGCUGUUUCUACCCUUGGCAUUUCAAAAAGGACCACAGGAUACUGGUCCCAUUCUAUCCAGUUUCUUUUUGCACAGUAUAUGCCUGAAUGGCUCUGGGUGUGGGGAGCAAAUGUUCUCAAUCGUUCUUUACGUAAGGAGGCCUUAUCCUGCAAAGCAUGAAACUGCAUGAUGGUUUGGGAAGUUUUGCCACCUCUUGGGAACCUGCAGUAUUCUGACGUUUGGAAGGACACAUUUAAUUUAUCUUCUGUAUUUUCUUUUAUUACUGGUUUUAUUACUGGUUGAUUUAGCAUACUGUUGACUCAUCAUUUGCAAAGCACACAUAAUACUUUUAGAAAAUGCUGUGGAAAAACCACAAGGGCCGCAUCAUGUGGAUGGCACAGAGCACAUAGUGACUGAGGCACAAGAACCUAUUGAGGGAACCUAAAUUGUAAUGCUUUUCUUUUUUUUUCUCGAAGCUGUCUCAAAGCUGUGUGAUUUAUGUUGUUCUAGGAGCUAUAGCAAUCUGAUAUUAAAAUAUAAUGACUUGUCAGCUCUCGUAGUUUCCAAUGUUGUUUUUUAAGGGAAAUCAUUUUGGUACACGAAUUAUAGUAUUGGUUUUCAAAUGUUCAUCAGGAAAGACUUUGAAAGUGUUAUAAGUAAGAUCGCUGGUGUAAUUAGCAGUAGAAAUCCCUGUAUAUCCUAUUGUAUAGCUCUGUUUGACUCUGUAUGAAAAUGCUGCUCUUCAAGCGAUAUUUCACUAGAGAACCAUCUGUGUAUAUAUGUUGUGUACAUUCGGGCAACUUUAUUUAUGGGUAAGUUACUUUAAAAAAGAUGUCUUGCUAAGGUGGCUUAACGUGGAAACUUAACGGGGUCUUGAAAUUCUAGGUUACUCCUUUUCGCACUAAACAAGCCUACCCAAUUUUGUGCUAUAGGUUUGCCAUGUAUAAUAUCAUACAUUAUGUUGGUGGUUGUUUUUUUUUUAUCUGUGGAAUUGAUUCAUUCUUUCUUAGAUUUGAACCUAUAAUGGUUGACCCUCAGUUAUCUCUUGAUUUAUAAUUAUUGUGGAUAAGUAGUGAUUUCUCAGCCUAUGACCCAUUUUAUAACUGAAAUUUAGCCCUUUAGAGCUUGUUAUAUCUGGUUUUCAUACACUUUUCUAUGUAAUAUUCUCUUAUAGUAGCAUUAUUGGAGUAAACAUCAAUUACUUACGGAAUAGUGGUUAAAAUACGGACAAAUUAUGUGUGUGAUAUAUAGUAAUGUGUUAAAAUAAGUUAGAAGCUCAUUCUUGGUUCGUGUAACAAAUUUACGCAUUGCAGUGAACGCUUUUGUUGGUGUGACGAUCAUUGUGCGCAACCCCCCGUGAUAGGGGUUAGCUUUGACACCUACUGUGAAAUAAAUGUUUUUUGGCUUGGAUCUUAUAAAGCCAGACAUUUUGGGGGACCACUCUCUAGUGCUUCAGCAACUGUAAAUCACUAUAUGAACGUGACAAUGUAUGCAAGUUAAGAAUUUGGAGUUUAUUACUGUGACACUGAUGCAGAAACUAGUAAAUUGGCUGAAAUCAGGACUUGUAUGGAGCUGUUUUCAUCUGAGAUGGUAUUCCACUAGGAGUUAGGCCUGGCCAUGCCUUUACGGUGCACCCACAGUUUUGUCAGUGCCGUUGCCUCACUGUUUCCAGAUCGGACUUGGACUCGGAAGAUCAGUGGUUGAGUUCAGAAGCUCUUCCAGGUAUAGACCAGGCCUUCAUUACACCAAAGAAGACCUUCAGAUAUGAAAACUUGCUAGCGGUGUUACACAGCACGGAAGGUGUUGAUGGAGUCUGCUUGGAAGCCUUCGUUUUGUCACAUUUGGCUAUUUUCCCUCACCUAACAAUUAACUUAUGGUCAUUAAGACUAGAGAAAAUUUGACUUCCUGCCACAUCAACCUGAAUUUUACUGACAUGUAGUAAGAAGCAGCAACUGUAUGUAAAAGCACCAUAUUUCUAUCUCGGGAGUUACGUGGCACAGCAGUGUUUCUAUUUAUAGGUUACGGACUGAGUCACUGCCAAAUGAUGAGAAAAAGUAAAUCAUGUCAGUGAUAUUUGCAAAUUCUCUACUUGGCAGGACCUGUGUAAGUAAGCUGACGGGUGCAAAGCUAGUGAAAGAUCAAAACCAAGAAUCUUCCUUAGGUUUCCCCUUUGAUGAAAUACUUUUUCCCAGGGCUCAUCUGAGAAUCAUCAUUGGGCCACUGUAGAUGGGGUUUCUUACUAAGAAUGUGGAAAAUGAAGAACCUUUGAAACAACCUGUAAACUGAAAAUUUAACAAGAAAAACUGCUUCUGCUUCCUGUGGGAGAGGUUUUGCUCCAUGUAUUUGUAUUUGGAAUGAGAGAGAGAGCUUUUUCCCCAUAGAAACAGUUACUUUAAAAUUAAUUUAAUCUAUGAACACUUAUGGUACUAAUUCCUUAAAAGCUGGUAAUUCAGCAAGAAAAUUGUGCAUAACCAUGUGUCUAUUAAGUCUUUUGAAAUAGACUAAGUAGAUUUCUUGAUCUCAUUCUCCUGAGAGGUUGAGUAAAUAGUUGAAGGUAGAUUUUGAUCGACUUUGGCAACGUGGAGAUCACUGCUGGUUUUGCCACGAGCCAUUUUUGUCGCAUGGUGGGGAUGAAGGGUAGAUUGUAGUGGGUUCAAAAGAGUAGAAAGAGAAAGGGAGACAGCAAGGAGAGAGCGCUUUUGAGGAGUCUCGCUGUUUUAAUGUCUGUUACUCAAAAUCGUACCACAUUUGGGAACCAGGGGGUUUAGGUGGUGUCGUCUGUCUUGACAUCGUGUGCCCUCCUAAACCAAGUCCAGUCUGUUUGUGUGUCUGUCUCACUGCUGGCUCGGCUGUUACUCUUUAAAAUCGUAUUCAGUUUGAAUAAAGAUAUACCUUCCCGUGGAA